CCCCUCCGUCCCCGGGCCCGCCCUUCGCCGUGGCGGCGGCGGGCGGGCUCCGCGCAGGCGUGGAGCGGGUGCCCGUUCUCGCGAGGCGCUGGGGCCGGCGCGGAGGCGCGGGCCGGGCUGUGCCGGCGGGGCUGAGGAAUUUGAUGUAAGAAGACGCGGUGUGUGGGAGCCAUGGGUUUGUCUGCAUCCUCCCCGGCUGCUGCAGGUCAGUCGCCAGAUGCAUCCAGGCAGUACCAGACGGCGUCUCCACCUUCAGAAUGUCCCAUGCAUCAGGAAAAAAUGAGCGGUUGUCCAAUGCACAUGAAAACUGCUGAUCACAGAACUGAGAACACAGAUGAUGUUCCUGCACAUCAAGAAAGAGCUUAUGAGUUUGUAGCAUGUCCUAUGAAGUCUGGUUCAUCUCAAGUGAAAGAUGACAUAGAUCCUAGCAAUAUGAUGCCUCCUCCUAAUCAGCAGCCAUCCCCAGGUCAACCAUUUCCGUUGUCAACUGUUAGAGAAGAAUCUUCUAUUCCUAGAGCACAUUCUGACAAGAAAUGGGUCUACCCUUCAGAGCAAAUGUUCUGGAAUGCUAUGCUAAGAAAAGGGUGGAGAUGGAAAGAUGAUGACAUAACAAGUGAAGACAUGACCAACAUCAUUAAGAUUCACAACCAAAAUAAUGAACAAGCUUGGAAGGAGAUUUUGAAGUGGGAAGCUCUUCAUGCUGCGGAGUGUCCGUGUGGACCAUCACUGAUGCGGUUUGGAGGCAAAGCAAAGGAGUAUUCACCAAGAGCCAGAAUACGUUCAUGGAUGGGAUAUGAACUACCCUUUGACAGACAUGAUUGGAUUGUUGACCGGUGUGGAAAAGAAGUGCGCUACGUUAUUGAUUACUACGAUGGCGGAGCAGUGGAUAAGAACUACCAGUUCACCAUCCUGGAUGUGCGCCCUGCGCUGGACUCUCUCUCGGCUGUGUGGGACAGAACAAAGGUAGCUUGGUGGCGCUGGACUUCAUAACUGCUCCUGAGAUAAAACGAGUUAGGAGUGCCCUCCCGGUCUGCCACUGAAGAUGUAUGUGGUUCUUCAAGGAUGUUGGGGUGCUCAGAAACUGCAAUCUCUGUGACUGAUAGAAAAGGGCUCCAGCAUAACACUCCAGCUGUAAUCAGGUCUUGGGUCAUCUAUAUGUGAUCAAAAGUGAUACUGAUCUGUAUCAGCUGGAGCAGGAGACCAUUCUGCAUUCAAAUACCCUGCAGUCAGGGUGUCUGGCCCGGUGCUGCCAUUCUAUGGAGGCACUGACUGUGUGGUUGCUGUGCCUACAAUACCCUCCCUACUCAGUGGUGUUGGCCCAACUCUUCUGCAGCUUGUCCUGUUGGUACCUGGCCAACAUGAGUGCUCUGUAAUUGGGGAGUAACUCAGAGGCUUAGCCUUCUGGCAUGCCUGGAGUUCCUGGCUCUGAGUCAUCCUGUAACAUUUUGCCUUUGCAGUAUAUUAGCAGGCAGUUUGAAAGGGGGAGCUGUAGCUCUGUCACCCUUCACUUAUUUAUUUUUUUCCCCUGCCCCCUAGAAACACCUUUGCUGCUCUCUUUCCUAUCAUUCCAAUGGUCUUAGCUUAAGUCUCAGAAUUUUUUGGUUAAGCCCUGGAAUUUCUGCCCUGCUUUGCUGUAAAAGACAGAGACUGUUGCUGUACAAAGGUAGUUGUGUCCCUUCUUGAUUAUUGCUACUUUUUACUGCCAAAGCAAGGUGUUUUGAAUUACUGUUUUUGAAUUAUGAGGUGAAAGAGGUAUGCUAGUUUAGUGUGAAAUGCUCUCUAGUGUUUACAUAAUGUAUUUGCCAUCAGGACUUUAAUGUGCUCUGUAAAUUUGAAGUCUAAAAUGUGGUGAUGAAUACUGUUUUGCCUUCAAAAGGUGUGAGUGUGGCAAAGGAUCUCUCAGUGCUCUCAAAAUGGUCAUAAAUAGACUGUCAUCUUAUGCACUCCCAUUUUUUUUUAUUCCACUCCUGUAUCAAAGUGUGGGGGAAUAAUAGCUAAUGUGCCAAAUUUCAAAGGAUGGAGGCAUGGAUACUAAUACUGCUGUAGCUCAGCAGCUAAAAACGAACUGGUAAACUAAGGAGCACUGCCUAAUUUUUGAACUCUUGCUAAUGUUUGUUUUUUAUAGAGUAGAAAUGCCUCUUUCAAAACCACCACUUUUUAGAAAGAUCUGUUCCCAACACUUACUAAAUUAAAUGACACAUUAAUUCUUUGUCUCCCUGUACUUACACCUGGAGGAGAGUCCAUGUAGUAAGGUUCCGCAAGCAGAUGUGGAACUUGAUGUGGAAGCUGAACUUUUUGAGGGUAGAAUAUACUACUCAGUGCUAUCUGUGCUUAUGUCUUCAGUGUCAUAGCCUUCCCUACUCAUAAGUUCUUACAUAUUUUUUUUUAAAUGCACAAUAUUGCUAGUUUUCUGCAAAUUUUUAGUAGGCAACUUCAUGCAUUUUUACUCUCACUGAAAGAAAAUAUGUUCUAUUUAUUAUUCUACCUUUGUACAAAGUAAAUUACUGGCAAAGAACUUUAUGGAGUGAAUCAAAUACGUAUUGAUUCUCUCAUCAAUGUUAGCAUUAGGAACCUGUGGUCAUACUAGAUAUGUCAUGUUGUAAAAAGCAACCUUUUUAGUUUAUAUUAGAUGGCUAAUCACUAUUAUGUGCAUUUCCUUCAAGAAGAAAUGGCUUGCCAAACUCCUAGAGAAAGAAUCUUAAAUUCUUUUAUGAAUGUGACAGUUACAUCUGUUUGGUCUUAUGUACAUCAAAUUGCAGAGAAACUUCUGGGCUCCCUUCUUGACUCCAGACCUUAUUGUGAGGCCUUGAGCAUGUGCAAAGUGAUGCAUUAUCUACCAGUGAGCUGCUGAUUCUGAUGGCAGCUCCUUGCAUCUGCAUAUUUGCAGCAUGGGUUAUAUAUUUUGUGACUGGAGUCUGAAUGAAUCCGGUUUUCAAAGGAUAAUGUAAAUUUAUUGGAAGUAUUGGGAUUGUUAUUAGGGCUCAUUAAAAAAAUUUAGAAGAUCA